AUGUCGGGCCAAUCCAGCGUCGGAAACCGUGCCCGUGCCCGCUACGCCGAGGGCCAAUCUGGCAGCCACAAGAACCUUGACUCCAAGGACGAACGCUCCAUCGCCAACAAGCUUGCUUCCCAGUCCAACAAGUCCGACCCCUCCCACCACCACAACAACGAGGCCGACAAGGAGGCCGAGCUCAGCAAGCAGGAUCCGACCAAGCCCGCUAAGCUGCACGGCAACACUCCCUCCAAGGGCGCCCAGAUUGAUGCCGAGCUCCAGGCUGAGGAUGAACAGCGCCUUCGCGAGAAGGGUAUCAAGAAAUAA